AUUGAUUGUUUGAAAUCAAACACAAGUAUUGGGCCGGAGAAAUUUGGGAAUGUAUCAAUAUCCCUAAUCAAAGGGGGAGGGAAAAAUGCGAGGGAGGGAAAACUGCACAAGGAAGCCCAUGGGCCAAAGUGGGACUCUUCUUGAGCUGGAAUUUCAUCGGAUUCGGUCGGAUGAAUGGCGUCCCGCGUUAAUUUUACUCUCCGGUGCUCCACCGCAACGCCGCGUUUCGGUCCCCCAUGUCACCUCCAAAGCCCUAACCUUGCUUCCGCUCCACCUACCUUUAUUCGGUCCUCCUGUAAAUUCCUUCCUCACAAGCUUUCCUGUUCGGGUGCUCGUCGGCGGCGUGUAUUGGUGCCGGUGAGGGCACACAUGGCCGCCACCGAGGAGAAAUCGAUUUCGGAGGAUAGAAUGCUUGUAUUUGUGCCUCCGCACCCGUUGAUCAAGCAUUGGGUCUCGGUUCUGAGGAAUGAACAGACUCCAUGCCCCAUCUUCAAAAAUGCAAUGGCUGAGUUGGGCAGGCUACUAAUGUAUGAAGCUUCAAGGGAUUGGUUGCCCACCGUCACUGGUGAGAUCCAGACACCAAUGGCCAUUGCCACAGUUGAGUUUAUUGAUCCAAGAGAACCUGUAGCGGUUGUUCCUAUUUUGAGAGCUGGACUAGCUCUUGCAGAACAUGCAUCAUCAAUCUUGCCAGCUACUAAAACAUACCAUCUGGGUAUAAGCAGAGAUGAGGAGACACUUUUGCCCACAGUGUAUUUGAAUAAGUUGCCUGAGAAAUUUCUUGAAGGAUCUCGAGUUUUUGUGGUGGAUCCUAUGUUGGCAACAGGUGGCACAAUACUGGCAGCACUCAACCUGUUAAAGGAACGUGGAAUUCAAAACAAGCAAAUGAAAGUGAUAUCUGCUGUGGCUGCUCCUCCAGCCCUUCAAAAGCUUAGUGAGAAUUUCCCAGGACUUCACGUGUACACUGGAACAAUUGACCCUGAUGUCAAUGACAAAGGGUUUAUUAUUCCCGGACUUGGAGAUGCUGGAGACCGUAGCUUUGGCACAUAAUUCUGAAACAAGAUGAGAAACUUCAUUUUACAUUUGCAGUUUUGAUUCAUUAAAGCUCAUUGUCAAGUUCAGAGGAAUUGCUGUGUUUUAUACAUAUAUAUUGGAUUGUGUUCUUAUUUUCGGAAUUUGUGUUGUUGUCUUUAUAUAAGAAAUUUCAAACAGUCGUUUUAGGUUAAAAAUUUCUUCCGAUGGAAUUGAAGUGGAGUACACGAUUUGGUA